CUACAAACAUAUAUUCCGCUACUCCCGCUACUUCUAUAUCUCAUUUCCUCUCAUUCCCAACAAACCCUCUCUCUCUCUCUCUCUCUCUCUCGUCUCUGUACUACCAACCCAUUUUGUUUCUCACUUCUGUUUUUGCCCCCACCAUUUUAUUUUUUUUCAAGUCCAAUUGCACCCUCUCCCUCCUUUUUUUUUUCUUUUUUUUUGGGUCAUGGUUUUUUAGCUUUUGGUGAUAUUAAAAAAAAAAAAAUGGUAAAUGAGAAGUGGGUGUUAUUGGGAUUGGUUAGAGUUAAAGAAUGAGUAAAAAGGGUGGCAUGGAAGUUGGGGCUGUGAAUUCAGCUUUUGUUUCAGCGAGUUCAUUGCCACAGUCCAUUGUCGUCGAAUGCCGAUUCCGCUCGCAAUCGGCAUUCGAUUCCUUCUGCAUUGCCUCUGAGGCCUUCUCUGAGCACCUUUUUUCUCUUUUGCGCCGGUUGCUUUGAUUGUUACUUUUUUUUUUUUUUUUAUUAAAAGAAAAUAAAGCGAAAUCGACCCAAAAAAAUGAUAAAAAGAUUGAAUUUUGUUAAACCCCUUUUGUUCUAGUAGAUGUUUGGUUCUUGGCAGGAAUAUAUUCCACUUUUCUGGAUUGGUAAUGUCUUGGACAAUGGUCGAGCUCGAUCCUGAAUACACAGAGAAAGAUCCAACCGGUCGAUAUGUUCGGUACAAUGAAAUCUUGGGCAAGGGUGCUUUCAAGACUGUUUUUAAGGCGUUUGAUGAAGUUGAUGGAAUAGAAGUUGCUUGGAACCAAGUUAGGAUAGAUGAUGUCUUGCAGUCACCAGAAGAUUUAGAGAAAUUGUAUUCUGAAGUUCAUCUGCUGAAAUCGUUGAAACAUGAUAACAUCGUCAAGUUCUGUAAUUCCUGGGUGGAUGAUAAGAAGAAAACUGUCAACAUGAUAACCGAGCUCUUCACAUCUGGGAAUCUGAGGCAAUAUCGGAAGAAGCAUAAAAAUGUUGAUAUGAAGGCAAUAAAGAAUUGGGCAAGGCAGAUUCUCCGAGGUUUAGUCUAUCUUCACAGUCACAAUCCACCUAUAAUUCACAGGGACAUAAAAUGUGACAAUAUUUUUGUGAAUGGAAAUCAUGGAGAGGUUAAGAUUGGAGACCUUGGAUUGGCAAUUGUUAUGCAGCAGCCUACUGCUCGAAGUGUGAUUGGGACUCCUGAAUUUAUGGCUCCUGAGCUUUAUGAAGAGGAAUACAAUGAACUUGUUGACAUAUAUUCUUUUGGGAUGUGCAUGUUGGAGAUGGUUACUUUUGAUUACCCAUACAGUGAAUGCAAAAAUCCUGCUCAAAUCUAUAAGAAGGUUACUUCUGGCAUUAAACCUGCUUCACUUAGUAAGGUGAGUGAUUACCAAAUUAAGGAGUUCAUUGAGAAGUGUCUGGUUCCUGCAUCAGAGAGAUCAUCUGCAAAGGAGCUCCUCCAAGACCAAUUCCUUCAAGUUGAGAAUCCAAAGGAGCCAAUACGUGAUCCCUUACAGUUACCUGACCCAAGUCCCAGAGCAAAUGGUUUGCUUAAGUCUAGCCCUCUUUCCAUGGACAUAGAUACUGACUAUAAGCAGCAAUCUUUAAGUGCAUGUACAGAAAGCAUCAAUGGGAGUAAUCACUGUCCAAUUUUGGAAUUUCAGAGGACGAAUAUGAACAAUGAAUUUAGAUUAAAAGGGAAGAAAAAUGAUGAUAACUCAGUAUCGUUAACCUUGCGAAUUGCUGACUUUUACGGCCGAGUGAGGAAUAUACACUUUCUCUUUUACCUUGAUACUGAUACUGCACUUUCGGUGGCCAGCGAGAUGGUUGAACAACUGGAUUUAGCAGAUCAUGAUGUAGAAUUCAUAGCAGAGUUGAUUGAUUACUUGAUAAUGAAACUUCUACCUGGAUGGAAGCCCUCGUCUGAUUACUCCUCAAGUGGAGUAGUGACUCCCUCUGAUGUUUCCCCAGUCUUUGGAGAAGAAAAAACAGUAAUGGCAUGUCCAUGGGAUUCAAUGCUAAUUCCAUCUGGGUUGGAGGUUGUGCAAGAUGUUUUCUCUAGUUUAAAUACAAGCCCUCAAGAAGGUGGUGUACAGGCUGAAGAAGGCAGUGUAUGCAAUAACCCUGACAAUUCUGUUUGCCAUGGUGAAUGUAAUUCUUCUCCAAAUUUAGCAAAUUUUGAAAAUCAACAUUCACAAGCAUCAAUUGCUUCAGAGAUACUGGUAGAAGAUGCUUCUACCAAAACUGAUAAAGCAGCUGAAUUUGUUGAUUGCAACAUUAAAGGAAGCUGCAAAGGCUUAAGUGGGUCUUUCCCUGAACUAGAGCUUGGGGAUGCAUGUUAUGAUGUCUUCAGAUUGCAACAAAUUGAUAGCAACGAUUCAGAAGACAUCAUGAAUGAAUUCGCAAAGAACUCAGAACUGUCAAUGCCAGUUCAAAGUGGAGUAUCAAAUGUUAUGAGCUUAACAAGCAGCUGUUCAUCUUUGUCCUUAGCAGACAAAGAUAUUGAUAUCGCGCUUAAGUUGGAACUUGAAGCAAUUGACUCACAGUAUCAGCAUUGGUUUCAGGAACUUUCUAGGAUGAGGGAGGAAACAUUGGAGGCUACCAAAAGGCGAUGGAUAGCAAAGAAGAAGCUGGCUGGCCAAUGAUUAGGCAUGUUGCUGAACCUUUUUUUUUUUUUUUUUUUUUUUCCUUUCUUCAUUACUCUUGUUCAAGUUGUUUCAUUAUUGUCCAUAAGGUCCUUUGAAGUAUCUAUUUGAGGGUUGUGAUUAUGUAAUCCGAAACUAGUAUCGGAUGCGACUAUUUUUUUGUGGAAGUCGUAAUCCUUUCUUUGGAUUUAAUUUUUGUGAUUUGGGGGUCAAGUUCCUUAUAACUUUGUUCAAUGUAUAAAGUAUAUAUUCUUGAA